AUGGCCGCCCCGAGCCCGGGGCCCCGCGAGGUCCUGGCCCCCUCCCCGGAGGCUGGAUGCAAAGCAGUCGCCUCACGUUCUGGCCGCCGGGGCCUGCUCUGGCGUCUCCGAGACAAGCAGCUGCGCCUCGGCCUGUUUGAGAUCAGCCCGGGCCACGAGCUGCACCGGCUGACGUGUAUGAUGCAGGCAGGGCUCUGGGCUGCCACCCAGGUCUCCAUGGACCACCCGCCCAGGGGGCUGCCCACGCAGGCGGACUUCUCCGAGGUCCUGACCCAGGUGCACAAGGGCUUCGAGCUGGGCACGCUGGCUGGCCCUGCCUUCGCCUGGCUGCGCCACUCGCUGGGCCUGGCCGAGGAGGACUACCAGGCCGCCCUGGGGCCCGGCGGGCCCUACCUGCAGUUCCUCAGCACCUCCAAGAGCAGCGCCAGCUUCUUCCUGUCCCAUGACCAGCGCUUCUUCCUGAAGACCCAGCGGCGCCGGGAGGUGCGGGCGCUGCUGGCCCACCUGCCCCGCUACCUGCAGCACCUGCAGCAGCACCCGCACUCCCUGCUGGCGCGGCUGCUGGGAGUGCACAGUCUGCGGGUGGCCCGGGGCAAGAAGAAAUACUUCAUCAUCAUGCAGAGCAUCUUCUACCCCCCCGGCCGCAUUGCCCAGAGGUAUGACAUCAAGGGCUGCGAGGUGAGCCGCUGGGUGGAGCCGGCCCCGGAGGGCAGCCCCGUGGUCUUGGUGCUGAAGGACCUCAACUUCCUGGGCAAGACCAUCGACCUGGGGCCCCAGCGGAGCUGGCUUCUCCGGCAGAUGGAGCUGGACACCGCCUUCCUCCGGGACCUCAACCUGCUGGACUACAGCCUGCUGAUGGCCUCCCAGCAGCUGCAGGAGGACGAGCGGGGCCCGGGCGGCAGCCUGGUCUUCCGCUCGGCCAGGUCUGUGCAAGGCCUGCAGAGCCUGACGGAGCCGGGAGCGCAGAACCUCCGUCUGCUGCCCGAGGGCCCCAACGCGCUUCACAUCGUGGACGGUCCAGAGCAGCGCUACUUCCUGGGCCUGGUGGACCUGGCCACCGUCUACGGGCUCCGCAAGCGGCUGGAGCACCUGUGGAAGGCGCUGCGCUACCCCAACCGGGCCUUCUCCACCGUCAGCCCGGCGCUCUACGCCCGGCGCCUCUGCCAGUGGGUGGAGGCACACACCGAGUGA